AUGAAACGUAGUAACAAUAACGGUAAUCAAAGUUACAAUAAUAUUAAAAAAGCAAGGCAUAAUCCAAAUAAUAGUAGCGACAAUGUUCCUUUAGCAGGAGCUACGCCAAGAUUAAACCAGCCCAUAAAUCAAUUUUCAAAAGCGGAUGAUGCUAAUAUCAACAUUACUAAAAAUCUUAUUGGUCGAACUGUAUGUCUUAGAAAUUUACCAUCAGAUGCAGAAGCUCAUAAACUUAUAAAUCAAAUCAAAGUUGGUCCAUUAGAGUCCGUCAGAUUCCGUCCUGAGAAUUCUUAUGCUUUGAUUUCCUUUAUGAGUGCCGAUCUUGCAAAAACAUUCUAUGAUGAAGUAAUGACCAAACUAUUUUUUUAUGAAGGUCAAGAACUUAGAGCUAGUUGGGGUGAACCAUCGGCUAUACCUGAAAGGGUUCAAUUAGCUAUGAAUGAAAAAAAAGUUUCACGUAAUGUUUUCCUAAAGAAUUUGGAUGGUUCAUUCACUGAAGAGACUUUAUAUAGAGAUUUGGCUGAAUAUGGUUCUAUUGAUACUGUGGAAGUUGUCAAAAAAGGAAAGAUUGGAUAUGUUCAUUUCUUGAAUAUUUCAAAUGCUGUUAAAGCGGUUACAUUGCUACCAUCAAACCCUGCAUAUGAAAGGGUUAAAAUUGGUUAUGCUAAAGACAGAUGUGCAAGAUAUAUGAAAAACCCUCCUUCAAGAAGAUCAAUCGCUCUUCAAGGCUUUGGAAAUGCUGCUGCAUUAGAAUAUAACAUGGCAACUCGUGAUUCUUAUCCCAAUGCUACAACAACUCAUAAUUCUUAUCUUAAUGCUACAACAACUCAUAAUUCUUAUCUUAAUGCUACAACAACUCAUAAUUCUUAUCUUAAUGCUAUGUCAGCUCAUAAUCCUUAUCUUAAUACUACGUCAGCUCGCAAUCCUUAUCUUAAUGCUACAUCAGCUUGCAAUCCUUAUCUUAAUGCUAUGUCAUCUGCAUGUACUUUAUUUCGCAAAGUAGAUGAUUCUAACAAAAAUCAGGACACCUUAAUUGUUGAAAAUAUUGCAGGGGCCAUUAAAAAUGUUGGAAACCGAACUAUUUAUCUUGGAAAUCUUCAUCCUGAGACCACAUGUGAAGAUCUUUGUAAUGUUAUUCGUGGUGGUAUUCUUCAACAUAUUCGAUUUAUCCCAGGAAGACAUGUUGCAUUUGUUACUUUCAUUGAUCCAAAUAGUGCAUCGAAUUUUAUGGUUUUGGCACGAAAAGUAGUGAAUACCAGACGUGCUUCUCGUAAUAUUUAUAUUGGAAAACUUGACGAACAAGUGACUGAGGAAAAACUGCGCAAAGACUUUGAAGAGUAUGGCAAAACAGAAUUUAUCAAUCUUGUCAAAGAAUCAUCAUGUGGAUUUGUGAACUUUAUGUCUAUUAGUUCUGCAAUUAAUGCAAUGGAACAUAUUCCAAGAAGAGAUGAUUACAAAAAUUGUUAUAUUAAUUAUGGAAAAGAUCGGUGUGGUAAUGCACCAAAAAAUGAUUUAGAAUUAGAAUAG